CGAAUGUCAGCAAACUUCAAGUUGCCCACAAAAAAAUUAGAAGAAGAGGAAGAAAACAUGCGUUCAGUUGUGUUGUCCAGAAAUUGUGCAAUUUGUGCAGUGAAAUCGCAAUUAUAGAAGUGCCAAGUGCUGGAGGACACAAUGGGAGAGUGCCGUGUGGCGGAGUGGACGGUUGACGAGGUGUGCCAGUGGGCGGAAGGGGUGAAAUUGAGUGAGAGAGUUGUGCGACAAAUUCGUGCUGAAGAAAUUGAUGGGAAAUGCCUUCUUUCCCUGAAUGAGGAAGACCUCCGGGCAAUACGGACAAAGAAUAGCGCCUGUGCACUGACCAUUGGUGAUAUAAAGAAGUUCUCAUUGGCUGUGCGUGCCGUCCAGAAGGACAAUCACGCGAGCCCCGUUUAUCUGGGUAUCGUCGACAAUCACCACGUUCUUCCUGCCUUUGGGGGCUCCAAUGCGGACGUCCUGCAUCUCAAUGAUAUCGAAAGGAUUUCCCCGCCAAUGUCGGUGGAUGGGAGAGCCACCAGCAUACAGCCAGAGUUCUUCAAGACAAUGAUUAGUUUAGGGUAUGCAUUUCUUGUGACGUGGAUAACGUCAUUCGUGAUGGUGGUGGUGCACGAGAGGGUACCGGACAUGAAGAAGUGGCCACCCCUUCCAGACAUCUUCCUGGACAAUGUACCACACAUCCCGUGGGCUUUUCACAUGUGCGAAAUCACGGGGACUUUCCUUUUUGGGAUUUGGGCGUGCGUGAUUGUCGUACAUAGGCAUCGUUUAGUACUCCUUAGGCGCUUUUUUGCACUCGCUGGAACGGUCUUCCUCCUGCGUUGCGUUACAAUGCUCAUUACAUCGCUCUCGGUGCCAGGGACGCAUCUUCAGUGCACAUCUCAGGAUCACAAAGUGGAUGAAACAAAUGUGGUGACAUGGUUAGAUGCCAUUCAUUUGAGGAUUCAGCGUGCCUAUACGAUCUGGAGUGGUCUUGGGAUGUCCAUUCAGGGUGUCCGGACAUGUGGGGACUAUAUGUUUAGUGGGCACACCGUCACAUUAACUCUUCUUAAUUUUUUCAUAACCGAAUACACUCCACGUCAUUUGUACUUCCUGCACACGAUGACGUGGCUGCUGAAUAUGUUCGGGAUCUUCUUCAUCCUAGCCGCCCAUGAGCACUAUUCAAUAGAUGUCUUUGUGGCUUUCUACAUCACUUCCCGCCUCUUCCUCUACUACCACACCCUGGCCAACAAUCAGGCACUCAUGUCGCACGAUUCAACGCGCACGAGGAUUUGGUUCCCUAUGUUUAGCUACUUUGAGAGCUCCGUGGAUGGGAUUAUUCCCAAUGAAUUCGACACGAUGACCGAAGUGUUGGGCAAAUGUUUCUGGGGUGUGGUGUACAUUAAGGAUCUCUGUAUGCUGACGGCAAGACGUAUUUGGUUGGCGCAUAGUGAUCUUGUUGAGGUGGCUGACGAUGUGGCCAAGAAGGUGAAGAAAGCCCCAACGUCGACGGGGCAGAAUACCAACGAGGAACUCAAUAAUGCCAUUGUGACGAAGAAGAGCGUGGGUAAUGGGAAUUUACUUCUUAUGAACAACGACAUUGGGCGCAAUGGGGCUUCCGGGGAGCCCGCAAUCUCCAUUGAGGAGAUCACCAAGAGCAAUAAUAGUGUGCUCGAGAAGAAAGACAACUGAGAACCACAUUCCUCUUACCGGAUCUUAGCUUUUAGCGAUAAAUUUUGUAUUAAAAUUAAGAAAAAGAGAUAUAUUACAAAAAAGAACUAUAUCUUACCUUAUAAUUAGGGGAGCAAGGAGUAAAAAAAAAUACCAAAGUCCCUCAGAAUUUUUUAUUAGACUCAAUUUAUUUAUUUAUUCAGUCUCUCAAGCACAAAAUGCAUUCUCUGAAUAUUUCUUCCAUUCAAGUCUUUCACCAUUUUUAGAAGAAAAAUGUCCUCUCCAUGCUUUUUCAGAAAUAAAAUAAAUGGAUUGUUCAUCUCUUUAUUUAAAUUUUAUGAAUGGCAUAUUAUUAGAUUUAAAAUGAAAAUGAGAAAAUGUUAACAAGUCUGUUGAGAAUUUAGAAUCAAUAAAUUCCUCUUUCAGAAAA